AUGGUUUAUUUGUCUUCUUCCCCCAUUUCUUUCUCAAUCGCAGUCUUCUCCUCCCACCUUUCUUCUCACAGCCGAUCAAACAUGGUGAAAUGCAAUUGUGGUGCGAUAGGCGUUAUACGUACUUCAACUACGAAAAGAAACCCAGGUAGGGCAUUUUAUGCUUGCCCAUUAGAGGGACCAAGGUCUGGCUUUAUUAAGUGGGUAGAUGAAGAAAAGCAUGGUCAUGAGGCGGAAAUAAAAAAUGAGGGGCUUGAAAUCCAAAUUCAAGAACUUGAGGUCCAAAAUCGGAAUCUGAAGGCAUUGUUAAUAAUCAGUUGGUUUUUGUUUUUUGGGAUAGUUGUUUACAAGUUGUAG